CGUAGCCUUCCUCUCGUCCGAAAUGGCUGCUGUCCAUUGUCUCUGCUGCGCGGGAUUUCUCCAGAGACAGCACCUUGCCUAUUUCCUAGCUAAUCCACACUAUGGCAGCCUCAUUAAUGCAGAUGGCCAUGCUGAAGUGUGGACAGAUUGGAAUGAUAUGUCCAAGUUUUUCCAGUAUGGAUGGAGAUGUACCACUAAUGAGAAUGCCUAUUCAAACUGUACCCUGAUGGGAAACUGGAACCAGGAAAGAUAUGACCUAAGGAAUAUCGUGCAGCCCAAACCCUUGCCUUCCCAGUUUGGACACUACUUUGAAACAUCAUAUGAUAUGAGCUAUAACAACAAAAUGCCACUUUCAACUCAUAGGUUUAAGAGAGAGCCUCACUGGUUUCCAGGACAUCAACCUGAGCUGGAUCCUCCUCGAUACAAAUGCACAGAAAAGUCAACUUAUAUGACUAGCUACUCAGAGCCUCAAACUGGGCAUCACCCUGCAUGUAUAUGGAAUCGUCCUAACUGCCCAUUUCAGGGUCCAGGAUUCUAAGAAAGAAUAAGAAUCUUCAUUUUUCCAGAGUAAAUUGGAGGAGGGAGCACAUUCUAAGCACAACUAAGAAUUUAGCUGACUAUAACACAGUUUCACUGUCUGAAUAAAGAAAGCACAGAAA